UAACGGCAUACACGGGGCUCUCCCUUUUCUUCAUGACAAAUCAAAUAUGACUUGUUAAUGUUAUUAUACUUGUAGCCAUCCUCCGUGAAGGCGAAAAACAAACCACAAUUAUUUUCACAAGAAUCGCCAACACAUCAGCUGUUUCCCACAGUUCCACAUUCCGGCGCACACGGGGAAUAUGAAGGCGAAAAACCGUGACCAAAGCUUGUCGGACUCCAGAGAACUGGACGGAUCCUAUGACCAGCUAACGGGUAACCCUUCUACCAGCCAAAGCAAAAAAACCAUAAAGCAGCGAUUCCUCAAGCUGCUGCCGUGCUGCAAGCCUUCGACUACCCCCUCAAUCAGUCAAAACAGCGUGGAAGAUGACUUUGAGCUAUCCACUGUGUGCCAUCGCCCUGAAAGCAUGGACAAGCUACAGGAGCAAACUAAGUUCACCAAAAAGGAGCUGCAAGUUCUCUACAGGGGCUUCAAAAAUGAGUGUCCAAGUGGUGUGGUCAAUGAGGAGAACUUUAAGAACAUUUACUCCCAGUUCUUUCCUCAGGGAGAUUCAAGUAUGUAUGCACAUUUCCUGUUUGAAGCCUUCGACACGAACAAGAACGGCUCAGUUAGUUUCGAGGACUUUGUAUUCGGCCUGUCUAUCAUCCUGAGAGGGACCAUUAAUGACCGGCUAAACUGGGCAUUCAACCUCUAUGACCUGAACAAGGAUGGUUGCAUCACCAAAGAGGAGAUGCUGGACAUCAUGAAGUCCAUAUAUGACAUGAUGGGGAAGUACACAUACCCCACUAUGCAGGACGAUGCCCCGAGAGAACAUGUGGAGAGCUUCUUCCAGAAAAUGGAUCGGAAUAAAGAUGGGGUGGUCACCAUAGAUGAGUUCAUCGAGUCAUGCAAAAAGGAUGAGAACAUCAUGCAGUCCAUGCAGCUGUUUGACAAUGUCAUCUAAACAUCUGGACCAGUGAGGACACUGGUGCCAGGGAGGGGUAUGUGUGUGUGCGCGUGGGUGUGGGUGUGUAAGAGGGAUCUGGAUUGAAGAGAGAGAAGGAGUUUGACUGUGUGUGUUGUGUGUGUGGCUGUCUCCUGACUUGCAAGCUUGCGCUCAUCUCUGUUGAGAGCUGAGUCCUGAGGACACAGAGAGGGCCCCCCUCCCUCUAACUGGACCCCCAGUGGCUUCCUCCGAGCAAGGAGUUUCCCCAGCGCCCAUUCUCAUCAUGCAGAACCUUAUGUUUUAUCCCAGAGACACAGAGAAAGCAAGCAAGCAGUGGACUCACAGCCACCUGCACACCUGACACCCCCCCUGCCUGUUUUAUUUGAAUUUUUCUUACUAUUGCUGAUGGAGGGACUAUCACAGCCUUGAACUCAGAAGGAGGAAGCUGUCCCUAAAACUUGAUCUCAGAUCACUUCUCCCCUUUUCUCCGUGAUGGCUGAGAUUUGGCAUUGUGAAUCUGAUCGUGCCUCUGUGCAUGUGGGUAACACCUUCCCUGAGCUGUAAGACUGCUCAUGUCCUGGCCAUAAAAAUAGAAAUGAAUCUACGGCCACCUGGUGGACGAGAGGGAAAAAGACACUUCCUGAGGGACCAACCAACAAAUUGGUGAGCCAAGCGAUCCUGUCUUACAGAUGGAGCUUCGAGCGCGCUCUUUUCCACAAGGAACUGAUUUCAAUAUCGCAUGAUGAUGUCACUUAUAUCUAAUUAUGUAUUUACAGAGAUACUCCAAAGUCUGCUCGUCUGUCUGCUGUCCUAGUCAUUCACAGGUGCCUCACCCUUUGUGUAUGUGUGCGUGCAUGUAUAACAGAAGGAGAUGUCAUCGAUCUUACAAAUGUAAGACUUUAGUGACACAACACCCACCUUCAUUCAUGGGAUUUUGGUAGAGUAAUUCCCGGCCUUCCAAAGUAUUACAGUCCUAACAGUAGUUGUCUAUUGACUGUUGUACACUUUCUAGCAUUCCCAGUGGUGUGAUAUUAGACAGUACAAUGUGGGGAUUGCACUAUAAUUUAAUGAGCCGUUUUGACCCUAGCAGCUUCUCUCAACCUGGGAAUGACAUACCACAGUUGUACUAGUCUAUGAAUAUACAUUCAAAGAAAAGUUUAUUAGAUUGCAGAUUGUAUUUGUGAACUUCUUGUAACUGAAAUGUCAUGUGGUUGUCACAGGUUCUACCACUUGAAAAACAGCAAUCUCCAAACCCUUUUUUCAUUAAAUCAGACUAUUCCAAUUUCAAAGAGGCAUAGAGUGUUUGUGUGUAGCAAGUGCAAGACAAGGUUUAAUAGUUUUAUUUUUCUAUGCCCUCCCCCUGUUUACCCCAUUUCCUACUCUCCCUUUCUCUGUAACACCAAAGAGAAGAUAUCAGUUAAAACGCUACAUAAGACCACUUAAGGUAAGAAAUUUAACCCACUUGUGGGUGGAGAGAGAGGGAGUUACUAUGUGUUAAGUUGGACAAGGGGCAAUCAGAAAUAAAAGGAGGUAGACUACAUGUGAUUUACCUGCAACUGUCAAGUGCAAUUUUAGGUUGUAAACCCGUACAUUAGGCUCCGAUUAAUUAUUUUUACAGCAAUUUGCAACCACUUAUUUGCUUCUUUUCACGCUAGAACUACACAGUGUAAGGCACUCGGGCCAUAAUUCAAUCAAUGGUAGUGUCUUAAAAGCUGAGACUAACAUGAAAUAGCAAUAAUGUUCUCUACCACAGUAACUCUCCACUCACCCAACCUCUCCUUCCUCUCAGAGCACACUAUAAGGGUGCACUAAGGCCCUGAUUAAAAUAUGCACUUCUAACCCUGCAAUUUCUUAUUUUUAUGUUUUGCAGUUUUUACAUUUAUAUUUUCUGGAAGAAUGGUUUGACUCUGAUUGUUCCUGCCCGCAGUUUUUAUGUUCUUUCCCCCCCAAAACACAAGGAAAACCUGUCUAUACCCGCAUGUACUGUGUCUAGAACAAUUAAAACCUACUAACCCGUGGUACUGACUGUCUAGCUAGCCUAAACUGGUUGCAUAACAUAUUCAAAUGUGUAUAUUUUGUACAGAGACAAUAAAA